CGUUUUUUUUUGUAAUUCACAAUGCCCAAAGAAGCUUUCACAAACAGGAUAAACUCAACUGAUACUCGCGGCUCAACACUUUUGCUCAUUCGUUCGUACGAGGAAGCACGAAUCGCCUUCUCUGUGAUUUUGUCGAUUAAUCUGCUCGUUAUCUUGUUGGGCAUAGUCGUCAAUGCGGCCAUAUGUUAUGUUAUGCUGCGUGGAAAACGCUAUAAAAGAAACAGUUCAAAUUUCUUCAUUACGCAUUUGUCCAUCGUGGAGCUGGUAUAUCGCCUCCUUGUCUUCCCUUUAAUUGUCUACUUCGCAGUUCCGGCAUCAGGAAUCAACAUGUACCAGUGUAAAGCCAUAUCAUUUUUCACAAAGACCUCCGCCUCAGCCAUAUUUGUCAGUCUGGUUGUCAUAGCUAUCGAUAGGUAUCAAAACAUUGUCCACCCUUUGAAGAGUUUGAAGUCAAAGAGAAAGCCUUUCUUCCUUGUUUGCCUCUGUUGGGCGUAUGCUACCACUGUGUCGUGUCCUUCUGUUGUCAGCGUGGAUAGCAUUUCUGUUCUAGACAUUCCCGAAGCUCGAGGUAUGGUCUGCGAAAAUUGUACUGACAAGAAACUUUGUGAUAUUCCACAAAAUCUACUGGGGCAGUCUUCAACCACGUUGUAUUUUCUUCUUGCAUUUCUCGUUCCAUUGGCCACCAUUUUUGCGUUGUACGCCAAAGUAGCCAUCUUCUUGUAUCACAGAGGUAACAGUGGAAUGAUGAACCCAGUGGUGGUAAAAUCGAAAUCUAAAGCGGUGCGCAUGCUUCUUAUCACUGUAUUUGGAUAUACCCUGUCCCUAGGCCCCGCUGCCGUUCUCGCCAUGUUGAGAUCUUAUGGCACUCUCAACAGUAAAUCCUUCGACGCCAUGUUAUUAGUGAGCUGGAUGGUCGACUUUGCCACAUACACAAGCUCACUGGUAAAUCCAUUAAUUUACGCAUAUUAUAACGGAGAUUUUAAGCAGGAAAUUAACCGUUUGUUUUGUAAAAGAAGGGUAGAUUCACAAAAUCGAACUGAAAUAUUAAAUUUAAAUUUGGCAAGAUCCCUUACUACCUAGAUGAUUGAUGCUAAACUGGAAAACCAGCCUGACAGACUCCAUGAGAAGGUGAAAUUAAAUAUGUAUCACGCUCAGUAGAAUAACAUUCUCCGGCGAGACCUCCACCGCUUUCGAUAGCUUUCACUGACGUUGAAUAUCAGCAUACACAUGUAAGAGGAGGAGAAGUAUUUUACAUUGUGUGUGUUUCCCGAUGGUGACGUGCUGAGGCGCAUAUUCCACGCCAAAGAACUGAUAUUGGUAAGUCAGAAAUCAGCACAGACAGGCAAUUUCGAUGCUUUACGAAACUUGACCUGUCACAGAUUUGAAACGCAGAGAUAAAUCACAAUUUAUCUGUGAAAAAGUGUUAUUUAUAGAGAGAGCUGCCGUACAUAUAACUUGAGGAUUGAAUGGUGAUGAAGAGGUAGAACAGCAGUGAGAAACCAAGUAAAACAGCAGGAACGAACUCUGACGGAAUGAACAAUUCUUUGAGGCAUGAACUGUUAACUGUUACAAGGAGAAAUGAGUGUUUUAUUUUGAAUUAGUUUAUAAGAAACAUCGUAUCCACUGAUAGAAAAUUUCUAGCGCCGAGCAAGUUCCUCUUAUUAGAUCUGUAAUGUACAUAACAAAGGUCGUCAAGAAUUCUAUUGGUAAAAUGCAAGGUAAUAAAAUGAUCAAACCCAAAUUAAAGGAGCUCUGGUUAUUUCUUGAAACUGAAAUGUAUGAAAGAAAUGUUCCCUCAGUUUGCAGAGUCAAUAAUUUUGCACUUACAAAAUCUCUUGAAGAAAUGUGAGAAUGGCACCUGAAUGCCAACCACAAUUGAAGUAUAAACUUGUACUAUGAAUCUGUUGAAAAUUAAUUUGGGCCUAACAGGUUUUUUUUUUUGACGGACGUACAUGAAAAUCAGACAAUUCCUUUUCGUAUUAUGAAAGGAACCAAAGUGAAAGAAAAUCCACAAAUAGGCAGAUAAGUCAAGAAUCAUGUGUUUAUGCACGGGUUUUUUCGUCUCACAAAAGCCUACACGGAAUGCCUUUUUUUUGUUGUUUUCUGCUUUUUAAUAUUUUGAAACUUUAUCAAGACUAUUUGGCUUUCUCACUUAAUUGCCGUAUUAUGAAAGAACAGAAAGAGAAAGAUCUAAACAAGAAAACGCGCAGACCAUGUUACUAAUCAUUCUAUCAAUCAAUAUCCAUAACUUUAAUUUUCAUAAGGAAUCUUCUUGAACAGUAACCUGUCUUCGAAUGACUUGAACUUCGGUCACCAUCUUAAAUGCAUACAGCAUAUUUGUACCCCGAGGACAUCACAGGCUGUACGUUUGUGCAUCCUAGCCAAUUUUAUGCCUACGCAUGUUCCUACCUUAUCUGCGUCAGCGCGAUGCCUGUUAUUUGUUUGAUACAAUUUCUGGUCCUCGCGGAAAGCAAAAUGUCAAUAAUUGUUUUCUAUAUUUGUAUUCCCAGCUUCAUAUGAUAAAGAGUGAUUGCUUAUCAUCAGAGUUUGACUGACGCUUAUUAUAAUUUCGUAGAAUCAGACAUCAAAACGUGCAGAUAACCACAAGUUUACAAUCAAUUCUCCCAUAAAACAUUCUCUCUCUCUCCAAUAACUUCUCAAUUUGCGUUUUAACGAUUGCCACGUGUCCGUAAAUCGUAUUCUCAGUUUUCAAAGGGAUGGGGGAUAGCAUCAACAGUGUAAUUUUUUUUUUUUUUUUUAUCUCAGAGAAGAGUAUUCUCAUUCGAAUUUGAUGUAGAUUAUGUCUCACACGUGAGUUGUCUAGCAUGCGCACUACUUGGAAAUGCAACCUUAUCCCAAAUACAAAGUUAAUCCUUUGCAAAAGCAUGGCUGUUUAUUUAACCAAAUAGCGUCCCCUGGUAGACUAGAUAGAUAGAUAGAUAAUCUUUAUUUAUCCACGG